GGUCCCGUCGUGGGGGAGGGCGCGUGUCCCCGGGUGCGUGUGCGCGCCUGUGCGCGUGCGCCGCUGCGGGCUAUUUCUGUGUAUCUGCGGGCGUGUAGUUUGUCCCCGGGGCUCAGCCCUGAGUUCCGCGCCCAUGGGUACAGGAACGGCCUGAUGCAUCGCAUUUGGGCCGCUGGCUUUGGCUGUUGUCCUUCGUCCUGCCCGCUGUGGUCAGCUUGCAUCCGUGUCCCUGUCCCGGCUGAUUUUGUCUGGACAGAGUAAAUUCCCCGGAGACACUGGGCCUGCCUGCUCUCACCAGGCGUACGCCGUUUCGCGGAGCCUGGGGCCCAGCCAUGGCGCUGCCUCCAGCCCCAGCUGCCCUCCAGCCCCACAUCGCGCUGUUCCUGCUGGCCUUUCUGAGCUCAGGUUGGGGGGAGUUGGCCCCGCAAAUUGACGGGCAGACCUGGGCAGAACGGGCACUUCGGGAGAAUGAACGUCACGCCUUCACCUGCCGGGUGUCAGGGGGCCCCAGCACCCCCCAGCUGGCCUGGUACCUGGAUGGACAGCUGCAGGAGGCCAGCACCUCCAGACUGCUGCGUGUGGGCGGGGAGGCCUUCUCCGGGGGCACCAGCACCUUCACCGUCACUGCCCAGAGGGCCCAGCGUGAGCUCAACUGCUCCCUGUAUGACCCGGGCAGUGGGCGGGCCGCCAACGCCUCCGUCGUCCUGCACGUGCAAUUUAAGCCAGAGAUUGCCCAGGUCGGGGCCAAGUACCAGGAAGCUCAGGGCCCCGGCCUUCUGGUGGUCCUCUUUGCCCUGGUGCGUGCCAACCCACCUGCCAAUGUCACCUGGAUGGACCAAGAUGGGCCGGUGACUGUCAACGCCUCCGACUUCCUGGUACUGGAUGCGCAGAGCUACCCCUGGCUCACCAACCACUCCGUGCAGCUGCAGCUGCGCAGCCUGGCACACAACCUCUCGGUUGUGGCCACCAACGACGUGGGCGUCACCAGUGCCUCGCUUCCGGCCCCAGGGCUGCUGGCCGCCCGAGUGGAAGUGCCGCUCUUGGGCAUCGUCCUGGCUGGAGGGCUUGCCCUGGGCACCCUGGUGGGCUUCAGCACGUUGGUGGCCUGCCUGGUGUGCAGGAAAGAGAAGAAGACCAAAGGCCCCUCUCGGCGCCCGUCUCUGAUCUCCAGUGACUCCAACAACCUGAAGCUCAACAACGUGCGCCUGCCUCGGGAGAACAUGUCCCUCCCGUCCAACCUGCAGCUCAACGACCUCACGCCCAACUGCAGAGGGAAACCGACCGAGCGCGUGCCUCCUGGCCCCCAAGGCCGACCUGAACUUCAGGAGCCCGAGCCCGGCGGCCUCCUCACCAGCCGAGGUUUCAUCCGCCUCCCCAUGCUGGGCUACAUCUACCGCGUGUCCAGUGUGAGCAGCGACGAGAUCUGGCUCUGAGCGCCCCCGGGUGCCCUCCCAGGCGUCUUCCUGUUGCUGAGGUAAAGAGGCCGUGCCACUGCCACUUCCGCCGGCCCUCUAGGCUGUCAGCGCAUUGUGUCAGCGCGUGACCUUCCUCGAGGACCCACCAAGGCACGGGUGCCCACUCUUGCCAGCUCAGGUUGGGGGCCAGCCGUGCCUCUUGCACCUGGCAGGCAGGCUGGCUUGGCACCGUGCUCUCAGCAUGGGAAGGGCACAAGGAGGGCCCAGGCCCCACCCCACGCCCACAGCUUUAUUUCCUCAGGAAAACCCGCUAGCUGAAUGAACCAAGCUGCCCUUAGCACAGGAACCGUUCCGCCCCCAGUUGUUACGGCCAAGCACAAACUGGUCCCUUUGCUGCAUACCUCCAUGCCGUGCCCCCUCGGUGCCUGCCUCCCUUUGGCUGUCACAGGAGCUUGGCCCUUCUUCCCUGGGCACCAGACCUCCCAGCUGGCCUGGCACCCCCGUGGGCCAGUGCCUGUCUUUGCACAAGCCUGGAGGGAGCAGGGCAGGGGAGAGACCAGGUGCCGUUGGUGGUCAGUAUGGAGCCCGGAGUUCCUUUCCUCCUACGUUGGCACUUUAAACAAAUCCCCAGGUGAGCGAGGGUCCCUGGGCCCUCUGGGACUCUCGCAAGUGUGGCCUUCCUGUGACACCGAGUGCCUGAUGUAAGCGCCCGAGCCCUCAGGUUCAUGCCCCCUUGUGUCCCCCCCGGGCUGCCCACUGUCUCACCGGCAGGAAGCCACGCUCCCCGAGCUGCCCCACCCUGCAGGGGACGCACAUAAGGGCACAUGACUGGGCAGUGCCAGCUUUCGGAGACACGGUGAGCUCCCCUGCCCCCAGGCAACCCCAGAAUGCCCCGAGCAGCAACAUGGCAGUGACUGCAGGUGAAUGUAGCGCCCAGUCCAUUCUCUCCCUCCUUGGCAUCUUGUCCUGUAGUUUUCCUCGUGAUUGCCUAGGACAGUGCUGAGCACGCGGGAAGCUCAAUAAACUAGACAGU